GUCCCACGAGCCCACGACACCCCCGCAUCUCGUCUCCAACGCAGCAAUCUGCCUGCAAUCUCAUCCACCACCACCAUGUCCCCGCCAGAUCCGAUCCCGACGCCGCCGGCGAUGGACGCCGCGCUGCCCCCCGCCGUCGUCGCCACCAUCCUCUCCCGCCUCGACGUCCGCUCCCUCCUCCUCGCCGCCGCCGCCUGCCGCGGCCUCCGCACCUGCGCCUCCCACGCGCUCGCCUUCCUCCCCUCCUUCCACCUCAUCGAGGUUGCCCUGACGCACGACCUGCUGCGACCGCUGCUGCCGCCGAACCCGAGCCUGCGGAGCCUGCGCCUGGACUGCGCCCGUCUCGAGGACGACGCCAUCGGCUGCCUCGCGCGCUCCAGCCUGCACGAGCUGCUCCUGCUCAACUGCGAGAACAUAAGCGGCGGCCUGCUCUGCCAGCUCGGCGCCACCUGCAGAGAUCUCAGAGUGCUUUCUCUCAACUCUCUUGGUGCGCGUAGGGGGCUGGUUGUAAAUUUCUCUGAUCUACAGGAAUUGCUCAAUGGAUGUUCUCAGUUGGAGUCACUGAGAUUGGCACUGGAUUUCUCAACUUUUGAUGACCCCAACUUCGGUCGUGUGUGGGCAUCUGCCUCCGAAAGGCUAUCAUCUCUUGAGAUUGGGUAUAUUCCAAUGACGAUGUUACUUGACCUUCUGGCAGCAGUUGUGGAAGUACAACAAUGCAUGGACUAUGUUAAGGCACCGGUUUUCUUUCCUAGCCUUCAAAAGUUAUGCCUCACAGUGGAUUUCAUAACUGACCAUUUGAUUGGCUCCAUAUCAGUCGCCCUUCCAUCAUUGACGCAUCUGGACCUGCAGGAUGCACCAAUUGUGGAGCCUACAUCGUCAUCAGAUCUCACAAAUGCUGGCCUUCAGCAAAUCAAUCCACAUGGAAGACUGAAACAUAUUUCUCUCAUGCGGAGUCAGGAGUUUUUAGUAACAUCCUUCCGGCGAGUGAACGAUCUCGGAAUCCUGCUAAUGGCUGACAAGUGCUCAAAUCUUGAGAGUGUAUGUCUUGGUGGUUUCUCCCGUGUCACAGACACUGGUUUCAGGGCAAUCAUUCACUCUUGUUCUGGCCUUCAUAAGCUUAGGGUGUCUCACGGAAGCCAUCUAACUGAUCUUGUUUUCCAUGACAUUAUAGCCACAUCUCUUUGCCUGACACAUGUGAGUCUGAGAUGGUGCAAACUCCUAACUGAUGUUGGAAUUGAGAGGUUAUCGUUCAACAAGGAUCUCAAUGUAUUGGAUCUUAGAGACUGCCGCAGUUUGGGUGAUGAAGCUGUAAGAGCUCUCAGCUGCCUCCCCAAGUUGCAGACAUUGUCGUUGGAUGGUACUGAUAUUAGUGAUGAAGCAUUGAAAUAUCUGGGACUUGGAACAUGUCCUCUAACUUCCUUGUCUUUGAGGGGUUGCCGGAAGCUAACAAAUGAUUGUAUUCCCUUGUUAUUUGCUGGCUCUGUUAAACAGAGCUUACAGGUGUUGGAUAUCUCAAGAAUCCCAAGUGUCACAGAUGAUGGUAUCAUGUUGUUAGCAAGGAGCCGAACUCCUCUGAUUGAGCUCCGAAUGCGAGAAAAUCCGAAAAUUGGGGAUGCUGCUGUGAUGGCUCUUGCAUCCAUGCAAGUUGAUGGUGGAACUUAUGGCAGCAGCUUGCAUCUGUUGGAUCUAUAUGACUGCGGUGGGAUUACGCCACUUGCAACCAGAUGGUUUAAGAAGCCAUACUUCCCAAGAUUGCGGUGGCUGGGAAUAACAGGUAGCCUGAAUAGGGUUAUGGUGGAUGCCCUGGCUAGAAGCCGGCCUUUCUUACACAUGGCGUGUCGUGGUGAAGAAUUAGGGACUAUGCUCUGGGACACCUAUUCUGACUGGUAUCGGCACAAUGAUGACGAUCUGGAUGAACUUGAGCAGUGGCUUUUGGAGGGCGAACCUGUAUCAGAUGAUGACACCAUCAUGGAAGAAUGAGGAAACCGUUUGGCAAACUGUUGUUGUGUGCCAUAGUUGCUUAUCCAAAUAUGAUCACCUAGCUUGAAUCAGCUGUGUUGAUCUGUUAUUGUACUAGCAGUUGGGAUAUUCUCAUUAUACCAUUCCUUGGGUAGCUGUUCCUGGCAAACCUGACGUUGUUAUGUAUGUUAUUUGGACUCUGACAUUGUAUAUGGAAUGUACUGCUUUCUAAUUCAACUGCCAGGUCUUUGCCAAAAUGCUCGAUUGUUGUACAAUUAUUGUGAUACCAAUUUGAUGUUAUUAGGUUUCUAUCUGAAAA